CCCCGCCCGGCGACGCGAGGGGGCUGGCCCGGGCGGCGCAGGAGGCUCUCAGCAAGACGGCGGCGGAGCGGCGCCGUUCCCCCAUUGCCCUGCUCUCUCUCGGCCCGGCCGUGGCGAUGGUAUUGUAGCCCAGGGCUGUAUUCUUCAUUGCUGGGUCCCAGGAUGGGAACCAAGUACUUUGGAAGAAUAACCAGCCGCCAAAUAACCAGCCACCCGUACGGAUUUGCGUGGAAGCCACAGAAGAGGAGACACUUGGUGUUUCAGUAUGGAUCGCUUUGAAGAUGUAUCAGAUGGUGAAGUGGAUCAUGCUUUCUUUGACAGUGAUUUGGAGGAAGAGAAAAAGAAGAGUGAAGAAAAUGGUGAAUGUAUAGAGAAAGAAAGUACAAAGGAAGUGAUUCUUUCAGACCCUGAUUUGAUUGCUAAUACAAAGGAUGCAAACUGUUGUGAGGAGGAAAGCAAAGAGAAGCAGGAAGAUUUGCAGAAGGAUCAGUCCCUAGAAAGCAACACAGACCACCCAGUGGAUGCUUCAUCUUCCUCACUUUCUCCAGCUUCAGAGAACGCAGGUACCUCUGGAACAGGAUCUGCAGCAAGUAAGGGAAUGCCGGAAAGUGUUCUGGCUGGAAUCCCCAAAAUAGUUAAAGAAGGUGAAGAAGACUAUUAUACAGAUGAAGAAGACAGUAGUGACGAUGGCAAAAAACAGAAGGUUAGACCAAAGUCUGCUAAGCAGUCAAACAACGCAAAAAAGGCUAGCAAAAAAUACACUAAUAUCAGUUCCUCCUCCUCCUCUUCUUCCUCCUCUUCCUCCUCAUCUUCAUCUUCGAGCUCAGAUACAGAUUGCUCUGAUACAGAUUCUGAUAGCUGUUUAUCGGAUUCAUCACAUUCUUCCUCAAAGAGGAAUGCUUGUAGUGUAGCUCUUCUGUCUCCAAAACAAAAAUUCAAGUCAUCAAUAAAAGUAACAGAAGGAAAACCAAAGCUUGGUGAUUACCUGGAAGAGUCUGAAGACACGGUGACCGAUGUAACACCUCUGUCAACUCCAGACAUCAGUCCUAUCCAGUCUUUUGAACUUGCAGCUUCAAAUGACAAGAAAUUAAAAAUAAAAAGACAAGAAAACGUGAGCCAAGAACUAUAUGAUUCCGAGUUUGACCGCAGAUAUAGUCGAAAAGUCUUGCAUGAUGCCAUGGACCUGAAUCAGCUUUUGAAAGUAUUGCUUGUACAGUGGAAAGAAGAAGCAUAUGUAGGAGCCCACGUGGGUAUGUGUAUACAUAGAAGUAAGAUGUACAGUGAAUUCCCAGCUUUUCUACAGUUGGAGAAGAAGGAACAACAAAAAAUAACCUUUGAUCAGCCACCUAGAGGAACAAGGAAAAAUUAUUCUUUCACGAAUGAAGAAGUUAGACAAAUCGAUCGGGAAAACCAAAGGCUGUUAAAAGAACUGUCCAGACAGUCUGCAAAACCAAGGAGCAGAAGUACCACCCUGAAAAAGUCGACUCUGCCACCUCCUAAAUUGUACCACAGCGCCCUCAACAGGCAAAAGGAGCAGCAAAGGAUUGAAAGAGAAAACCUGGCUUUUCUGAAGAGAUUGGAAGCAGUGAAACCAACAGCUGGUAUGAGACGUUCUGAACAAUUGAUGGACUAUCAGCGCCAGAUGAGCUAUCUAAGUUCUUCACCAUCUGUAAAAAGAGGAAAGUCUCCUUUCAGCCAGCUUAGCCCUUCUAGAGGCACUUCAAGAGCAUCCACUGUACCAAGUACAAUGAGCCAGAAGACUGAAAAAACCACUUCUGAUCCAUCUGGUGGGGCAUUACAGAGACCUAAGCCCACUAAUGUUCGUGCUGCUUGGUUAUAAGUGUGUGCUAUGCCUCACGUUCUGAGAUGUUCCUCGGAUUACUAUUUUUAGUGCUUUUGUAAAUUCUAUGUGCAAAAAUAUCCUCUGCAUUGUUUAGUGAUUAAAAAUGCAUUGUAUAUGAUAUAAUUGCAUAUAAAAUUGUUUUUAUGCAAACACUUUCACUUCAGUCAGUGUUUCCUGUGAGAGGAAGUAUUUAUGAAAGAGAAAGAGGUAUUUAAACAGAAUAGAAAUCAUUAAUUAUUAUUUUAUUGUCCAAUUAUAAGUGGAAUUUGUAUCCAUGACGUGGAAGGACAGAAUUGCUGCACGAUAGGACUUAAUUCCUAAAUUGUGGCUUUUCAUCCUGGCUUUAGGUAAGUCUUCUGAACUUUUAGGUCAUGUUCAUACGACUGAAAGAAUCUUCCUUUUACAGCAGCAUUGCAGGAUGAAAAGUGGAUUGUAUAUUCCUGCAUGGUUAAUUAGAAUACCGAGGCUGCAGAAGGUGUUACUUUCCCAUGGUUGCAGAUCACCCCAGGUGAUGAGCAUUUGUUUUGUACUCAACAACGUGUCUCUUCCAGAGAAUUUUAGAAGUUGUAUUGGGACCUUUGCGUAGGAAAGAAGCAUCUGAUGGUGUUUGAACACCACUGGGUAACAGAGACUGAUGCUUGAAAUUAAAAACAGUUUCAGAUUGAAUCUAAGAGUAAGUUUUAAAUACUUCUCAAGCUAGAGAACAGUAAGCAAAGGAAGUAUUUCAUGGUCCUUCUUUUGCAGACCCUUCUCAGUGGGGAGAUAAAAGCUUGAGCUGCAGGAAGCUUCAACAUCUAUUUUUGAAAACAACUAUUAAUCACUAUUUGAAAAAAAAAAAGUGUUGAAAACAGAAAUAAAAUCUUAUGCUUCUUAACCUAUUUUUAAUGUUAUGUUCAUAUCAAAUAUUUGUAGUAGUGUCAGGCUUCCUUAUCAAACAUCCAUUUAUAAGGGGAACAAAGUUUAAUGCUGUUGGCAAAUAGUACAUGAUAGGCUUUAUUUCUAUACAUGAAGGCAAACUUUUAGUGAGCUUAUUUUGUAGGACUGUAGUCUUAUAAAGAGCAUAAAUUAUGAUGCCAGUGUCCAUGGAUAUUGUUGGAACCCUGCUUGCUUACCCAGCUUCUUCCCAGGAGAGAUGCAGGAAAUCUCUUUGUGUUAUGUAUAAGGAAAAAAGCUGUAUUCAAUAAUGCCAGGUCUUGGCCUUACAAAGAAAAAAGAAAAUUUAUCAUUCUUUGCUCAUGCUUGCAUGAGGGCUUCAGCUUUCAGGUAUUCUGCAUUGUAAUAGGCUUUUCGCUUGGUCCUGUAUGACAGUUUGGCAGAGCUUCUGCACCUGGUGAUCUGCAGAUCAAAUUUAGCUGUUUGACAAUAUAUGAAGCUUUAAUUUUAAGCAGCAUUGUGGCAAACAGAUUUUAUUACCAUUAUUAUUCAUUGAUAGGGACUGUAAGGCAUUUUUUUGCAUAGUGCUGCUGUAUUUAUUUGUACUCUUGUGCUAAUUAAAAUUAUUCACUAUUUAAAGAUUUUUGUCCUUGAAUGUGAAUAACAGUUUAAAUACUUCUGAAUGUUCAUAUAAUAAUUCUCUUCUGUAAAAGAAUUCACAAAACAGAUUACUUCUAAUCGCUGCUUCUUAUUUUAUUUAACUUUGGUAUGAAAUACUGUCAAUUUUGUAUGUCAUUUUUGUAAACUAUAAGAAAUAAAAUAUUUAACAUGAA